CCGUGCGUAUCUGUUCGUGUGUCGGUUCUCUCUGUCGAAAAAAAAAAAAAGCACCGUGCGGUUCACAGCGAUGUCAGUCCAGGCUGUGGCAGCGAAAAUGGCUGAGGUCGAAUUAAAAGACGUGGCCGGUAAAGACGCUUCCCCCGCCAUAUCUCCGCUGACACCGAAGGCAGAGGAGAAGAAGAGUGAAAAUAACUCGAGUUCGUCGACAGCAGCGGCGUUGGAGCCGAGCCCGGUGACCACCUCUCCGAACCCCGUGAAGAUGCCGCAGGCGUCCGCAAUGAAGCGGUCGGAUCCGCAGCAGAACGGCGGCGAGGCGUUUAUCAACUGCGACGGCACCGUGGCCGAGGCACCGCGAAUGAAAAAGAUCCAGUUUGCAGACCAGAAGCUGGAGUUCAACAAACGUCCCACCAAGAUCGGCCGCAGGUCUUUGUCUCGCUCCAUCUCACAGUCUUCUACAGACAGUUACAGCUCAGCUGCCUCAUACACUGACAGCUCCGAUGAUGAAACCUCUCCCCGUGACAAACAGCAGAAGAACUCGAAGGGCAAUGCAGACUUCUGCAUCAAGAACAUCAAGCAGGCCGACUUCGGACGCAGGGAGAUUGAGAUUGCCGAGCAAGAGAUGCCUGCUCUCAUGGCUUUGAGGAAGAGAGCCCAGGGAGAGAAGCCAUUGGCUGGAGCCAAAAUUGUGGGUUGCACCCACAUCACUGCUCAGACUGCUGUGUUGAUGGAGACCCUCUCUGCUCUGGGCGCUCAGUGCAGGUGGGCCGCCUGUAAUAUCUACUCCACUCAAAACGAGGUAGCAGCCGCUCUGGCUGAAGGAGGUUUCUCAGUGUUUGCCUGGAAGGGCGAAUCGGAGGAUGAUUUCUGGUGGUGUAUCGAUCGCUGUGUUAACGUGGAAGGCUGGCAGCCCAACAUGAUUUUAGAUGAUGGAGGAGAUUUGACUCACUGGAUCUAUAAGAAAUAUCCCAACAUGUUCAAAAAGAUCAAAGGCAUCGUAGAGGAGAGCGUGACUGGAGUUCACAGGCUUUACCAGCUGUCAAAGGCUGGUAAGUUGUGUGUUCCCGCAAUGAAUGUUAACGAUUCAGUGACCAAGCAGAAGUUUGACAACCUCUACUGCUGCCGGGAGUCCAUCUUGGAUGGUCUAAAGAGGACCACAGAUGUGAUCGUUUGGAGGAAGCAGGCUGGUGGUGUGUGGAUAUGGAGAGGUGAGAUCGUUAGAUCAUAACUAAUUACUAUUUCU